AUGUCCUGUGACGGGGAGAUAGCCAAACUGAAGGAGCAGGUCACCUGCGCUCUCUGCAACCUCUUCUUCAAGGAGCCGGUGACGCUGGGUUGCGGCCACACGUCUUGCAGGGAGUGCGUGAGUAGGCUAGAAGUCGACAGAAAUGGCAGGGUCUCAUGCCCGACGUGCUCGGCGAACUGCAUCCUGGCCGAAGUCGUGGACAAUGAACUGGCUGCCAAGAUGGUGGAGACCCUCAAGCGGAUCUUGGAGCUGAACGAGGGGGAGCAAGACCACUGCGAGAAGCACAACUUGCCCUAUACCGGCUUCUGCCUGGAUCACAUGAAGUUGGUGUGCGAGCGAAGUGCGAAGGAGCACCCAGAAUGCCGUAUUAUCCCGAUAAAGGAAGCGGCCGAGCGAUUUAAGGCAAAACUUCAGCAAACUUUGGAAUACCUGGAGAAUCAGGCAACAGAAAAUGUGGGGCGUGAUGAGCAGAUGAACCUCAUUGACCUGAAGAAUCAAGGUGACACUGUUCGGGCCAAGAUCCAGCUCGCUUUUGACUCUUUGCGGAAGUUUCUGGAGAAGGAGGAAAAGACGAUUUCUGGAGAGGUGGAAGGACAGGAAGAGCAUUUCUUGCAACAGUUGGAAGAGAACAGCGCUCAAACUGGAGGCAACCCUGUCACCCUGAGUCACCUCAUAUCAGAUAUUCAAAAAAAGUUACCCCAAGACGACAUUCCCUUACUUAAGAAUAUCGGUACCAUAUUUGACAGGUCUGGUAAUCUUGUACGGAAACCGAAGGAACUGCCUCUGGAUCUGAGUCAGGGUGGUUUCAAUGUCCCCUUGCAGUACUCAGUGUGGAAACGCAUGUUUAAACACAUCAAACCAGUUCCCACUCUCCUGACUCUGGACCCGAAAACGGCAAACGCGCACCUCAUCCUGUCCCGGGAUGGCACGGAGGUGCGAGUCGGUGACAAGCAGGAAGACAUCCCGGACAAUCCGGAGAGGUUCAGUCGCUGGCUGAGCGUCCUGGGCGCCGAGGGCUUCAACUCGGGCAAGCACUGCUGGGAGGUGGAGGUGGGCGACAGCACCGUCUGGCAGGUGGGCGUGGCCAAGGCUUCUGUCCCCCGCAAGAGAGGCUUCGCUCCCUUCCAACCCCAGGCUGGAGUCUGGGCAUUGGCUCUGCAGGACGGAGACUACACUGCACUGACAUCGCCUCCCAUUGAAUUGCGUCUGAAGGGAAAGCUGAGGAAGCUGGGGGUUUUUCUGGACUAUCCUGCAGGUCAGGUGUCUUUUUACAAUGCCGAUGACGUAUCCCAUCUCUACACUUUCAAAGACAAAUUCACAGAGGAGAUCUUCCCUUACUUUUAUAUCGCUCACAAGGGAGACUCCCUGAGACUCACCACACUAGGCAUCUGA